AUGGGUCGCCGUGGGAAGAGAGUAGUCCCUUUUGACAUGAAACCUAAAUUCCCUACUUUGUUCGAACAAAAAGUCAUUGGGGCUAAGGUAAGGACCAUUUUAGGCUUAAUCUCAUAAUAUUUUUCGAAAUUUCAAAAAAAUUUUAAAUUUUAAUUUUCAAAAAAAAAUUUUUUAAUCAAAUUUUAAAGCGACUUCCUGCCAUUUCCAGAGAAUAUUGGUCAAAAAUUUUAAAAAAAUAAAAAUUAAAUUUUUAAUAAAAAUGACAAUUCCAUAAACUUUUUGACCAAGAAUUAUAAAAAAUGUUUUUUAAAAAUAAAUUUUUGAAAAAAGGUAUUAUAUCAUGUGCUUCCGGUGUUCAUUUACGUUAGAAAAAUCAAUCAAAGCUAUGUCGCUUUGUGACAUUUUGAAACAAUGACACCUUCUGAGCAUAUGACAGUUUGGAAAAGAUCACGGCGGCCAAAUUUCAACGUGAUAAACAAUUUUUUUUAAAUAAAAAAUUUUUUUUUUAUUUAAAAAUUUUUUUGGAAAUUGAAAAAAAAACUUUUUUUAAUUUUACUCUACCCUACCUUACCCCACCCUACUUUAGCAUACCACUUUACCUUAUCCACCAUGUUUGGCUCGGUAAAACCCUACUACACCUUUUUCAAAACUUUAAUUCCACCCCCUUUUUCAGAAAUUCGUCCACAACACCCUCUACCCCCUGCCACCAUGGGUAUGUUCAGCCAUUUUCAUCUCCACCCUGGCUAGCCAACUGUAUAAAACUCCCAUUUCAUCAAUAAUAUCACUAGAAACUGUCAAUUCUCUUUACAUGUCCGCUUUGGCCACGUUAGCACCAUUAGCACUAGCCAAGUUGUACUUGUACGGGUUUGUUUUCCGUUACAAGGCAUGGCUCUUCGAUAAUCCAAAAAAGCCGUCAUUGAUGACGAAAUUAUGGGGAAUUUCAUUCAAAAUGCUUCAGAAGUUGAAUCCACCCAAGCUUUAUACUUGUACUCAUUUGCUGCCACGACAACCAGUACCAAUGGUCGAGGAUACGGUCAGAGGGUACUUGGAGUCUAUCAAGACUAUUGUGGAUAAGGUAAGGUGUGGGUAGGGGGAUGAGUAGGGACUGAAAUAAUUUUAUGUUGCUCAAAUUGUCCAGCUUUUACUCAUUUUACUUAUAUCUAUCAUUUUAAAAUGUUAUAGACAAUGUUUCGGCGAGCUAUUGAACGACUUUGCCAAGUUUUAGCUAAAAUAAGGUCGAAUAUGAAAGGAAAAGUUUUUGUUUUAUAUUUUUAAAUUAUUUUUUAAGUAAAAAAUUCCUUAUUCAUAUCAAACUUGCUUCUUUUCAUCAGCUUACGAACGAUAUUUUAGAGUUUUGCAAAGUGAUAUUGUUUUAGAUGAAUCUUUGGGUAAUAUCAAUGAAUUUGAGAGUGAUAGAAAAGGAAAUACGAAAAUAAUAGAUCAGUUAACAAUAACUUAACGUUUAAAAAUAUUUUUGGCUACAACUCCGCUCAAAAAAAUACUGAAAAACGUUUUAUUUUCUUCGGAUAUUGUUUUAGAUCCAUUUUUAAGAAUUUCUUGCUUUUUAAAAUUUAUCCAAAAGUCUUGUAGAAACAUCGAAUAACCUUUAUAUAACCAAGUGCUUUACAUGAUUUACCUUCCAAAUCAAGCAAAAAUCCAAAAGAUUACCAAAAUUUUCGUCUACAACAAUAUCCCACUGCAAAACUCUAAAAAUAGAGCUCGAAAACUGGUGAAAACUGACGAGAAUGUAGCAAAAACAAUUCUUUUACCUAAAAACACAAAACAAUGUAAAAUAAAGGACUUACCAUUCCAAAUUUAAUCUUACUUUAGCUAAAACACCGCGAAAGUCCUCAAAAAUUGCUAAAUCAUUGUUUUUAAUGUCAUAAAUGAGUGGAUUUGAGGUGAAUUUAGAAACCUUGAGCUACUGAGCAUUCUUUUUGAUAAGAUGGAACAUAUUUAUACCUGAAAAUAAAGGAUAUAUCAAUUAAACUGGCGGAUAUUAUGCUUGAAAGACGAUUUCUCGCGAGAUUUUCGGUGAACUUGAAACAAAAGGCCAAACCGGCUAUUUUGUAGUUUAAAAACCGCGUUUUUAAAACAAAUUAUUGUUGAGAAAUGUAGGUUUAACCAAGUUCAUUUUAUUUUUAAUUCAAAUUUUUGAUACAAACUUUAUAAAAUGUCGUUAUCAUUAAUAAAAGUCUUCAUUUCAGCUCGAAUUCGACGAGAUCAAAGCAAAAGCCGACUAUUUCCUGGUGAAAGAAGGUCCCCAGCUUCAGAAGUAUGCCCAAUUCCUUAGCUGGACUCGUCGCAACUACAUUUCCGACUUUUGGGAAAAGUAUAUUUAUCUGGCUAGCCGUGAGCCACUCCUCAUCAACAGCAGUGUUGGCUAUGGUGAUGGUCAAUACGUGAAGAAGUGUUCGAUGGCCAGACGAGGUGCUAAACAUUGUCACAUGCUGGCGUUGAAUGCGAUGGCAUUUAACAAUGGCAAUAUGAAGCCGACGGCCGAUGGACUGUGCUUUACAGAGAUGCAUCAUCGUAUCUUCACGUACAAUCGAAUUCCUCAGAAACAUUGUGAUCGAUUCUUGGAUCAUGGACUGACAAGACACGUGUUGAUCAUGUAUAAUGGAUGUUAUUAUAAGGUGGAUGUGUUUGAUCCAAAAGAUAACCGAGUUUACAGUGUGGCUGAGAUUGAGGCGUAAGUUCAUUAGGGUUAUCUUGUGAUUGUUCUAGCCAAUUCAUUUUUAAUUUCUACUUUUUUUUAGUAUUUUCAACGACAUCAUAGCCCGUGCCGACACCCCCUCGCCAGCCGAAAAGAACGUUGCUUCAUUGACCAAUGAUAACCGUGACAAAUGGGCUGAGAAUCGUGAAAGAUUCUUCCUUAAGAACGCUACCAACUACAAGUUCCUUCAAGACGCUGAGACCGCUCUCUUCGCCAUGGCAUUGGAUCCAAAUGAGUAUGGUGAUAUUGAUAAUGACAGUGAUAAGACCAGUGAGUAUAUGAGGGUUAUGACAUGUGGCUUGGGUAAUGACAGAUGGACUGAUAAGCCCUUCAAUUAUCACGUCACUGGCUGUGGACGGGUUGGUGGUACUCUGGAGCAUGGUGUGUGUGAUGGCGCUGAGUAUAGGACAGUAUGUGAGACUACGCUGCAUUGUGAAGAUGCUUACUUGGACCAGGACGACUAUGUGUUGCCUGAGGUAAGUGGGUAAUGAAGUGGGACGUUUUUUUUGAAAAUGGGGUUUUUUUAAAGUUGUGGUACCAAAAAAUGGUACUACUAGAAAUAGUACUAUUAUUUUUGAAAGUUUGGUACUAAUGUUUUAAAUAUGGUACCAUAUUUGAUUAAUAUGGUACUGUUUCCAAAAAAUAGAGUUAUUUUUAAAAAAUACGGUACCAACUUUGAAAAUAUUGCUCUAAUUUAAAAAAUGGUAUAAUUUUUAAGUUUUCAAAUUAAAAAUUUUUAAAAAAUUUUCAUUUUUAGGAAAAGAAAUCCACGAUUCAAUUAGCCAAAAGAAUGGUGAUCGACGAAGUUCCCGGCCUUUUGGAGGAAACCUCACGAUGCUACGAAGAGAGUGUAGCCAGAGCCAACGAUAUGGAUUUGGCUUCGAAGAUUUUCAGAGAUUUCGGAAAAGGACUAAUUAAAAAAAUUAAAAUGCACCCCCGAUGGAUUCUUGCAAAUGGCUAUUCAGGUAGGGAACGGGGUUUGGCAGGGGCAGGGUAAAUGAGUGUAGGGUGUUUUAAGUAAAUGAGUGUAGGGUGUUUUAAGGGGGGGGGGAAAGGUAGGUGAAGAAACAGAUAGGGCAAGAUGAAAGUACGGCUUAAUGUCAGUUUAAGGUAUACUGUAAUAAGUUACAGUAUGACGGGCUUUAGUACGGUAUGUGAAGCAGGGUACGGUAAGUAGGGUAGGUUGAAAUAGGAAUAUACAGUAAUGUUGGAGUAAGGUAUAGAGUAGGGUAAGGUAGGGUAGGGUAAGGCACGAUACUGUACUGUAGGAUAGGGUAUCAUAAAGUAGAAUACAUUCAUAUUUAAAAUUUUCAGCUAGCCUACUACAAGCUAAACCACAAGUUCGUACCAACUUAUGAAGCCGGCUCAUCUCACUUCUUUGAUUACUCUCGAACCGAGACCUUGAGAUCUGUUGGCAAGGAAUCUUGUGAAUUCGUGGAAUCUGUUAUCAAUGAUGAAGAUGUCAGUGAAAGAAAAGCCAAACUACUAAAGGCAUGUGAAGCUCAUUCGAACAAAAACAAGAAGGUUAUGGUUGGCAAGGGUGUGGACCGUCAUUUGUUCGUCAUGUAUGUGUUGAGCAAGUACAAAGGCAUGACAUCCGACUUCUUGGAGCAUUAUGUUAGUCAGAAGUGGACUUUGAGCACUACUCAGGUAAGUAUCAUACCCUACUCUACCCAACCCUACCUUACCCUAUCCCACCCCACCCUACUCUACUCUACCCACCCUACCACACCAUACCCUACUCUACCCUACCCUAUCUUUCCCUACCCUACCCUACUUUACCCUACCCUACUCUACUCUACCUUACCCUACUUUACUCUACCUUACCCUGCACUACUUUAUCCUACCUUGCAUUGGCCUUUGCCCUGCCCAGCUGAGCGCAUUCCAAAGCAGCCGAACUCAGCUUAGCCCGGCAUAGACCAGUUCAGCUGAGCCAAACUCUUCCUUGUCUAGCCCAGACUAGCCUAGACUAAGUUAGCCUAGAAUAGCCUAGUCCACACUAGCCUAGCUUGACCUAACCUAGUCCAGCUUACCCAGCCUAACCUUACCUUGCGAUGUUCUGCCCAGCCUUUCGUGGCCUUGGCUUUGCUUUGGUAUGUCCUACCUUGUCUUUUCUUGUUUCGCCCUGCCCUAUACCUACUUUAUUAUUAGCCUAACCUACUUUACCCUACCCUACGCCGUACAUCUACCUCUCCCUUACAUAUCUUAUAAACACCUUACUGCAUAAUAUAAAAAUUAUUUUUCAACUUUUUCAGCCCCCCAACGUGACGAAUGUGUGUGAAGAAGACGAGCAUCCACCCCAAUCCUGGAUGGGUGGUGCGUUCGGCGCCGUGGACAAGAAUGGCUAUGGCGUUGUGUACAAGUUUUUGGGGGAGAAUGCAAUCGGGCUUCACGUCUCAUCGUAUCACUCGUGCUCAAAAACCAAUUCGAAGUUGAUGAGGGAGAAUAUUCUGGAGUCGCUGAAGGAAAUGGUCUCCUAUUUUGAGCAUUAG